AUGGAUUGGAAGACAUUCCAGGGUCUCUUAAGUGGUGUGAACAAGUAUUCAACAGCUUUUGGACGUAUUUGGUUAUCAGUUGUCUUUGUAUUCCGAGUUCUUGUGUAUGUGGUUGCAGCAGAGAAAGUAUGGGGAGAUGAGCAAAAAGAUUUUGAUUGUAAUACCCGGCAACCAGGCUGCACUAAUGUCUGCUACGACCAUUACUUCCCUAUAUCUCAUAUUCGGCUUUGGGCUCUCCAGCUCAUAUUUGUGACAUGUCCUUCUCUUCUGGUAAUAAUGCAUGUUGCUUAUAGAGAAGAUCGAGAAAAAAAGAAUCGCUUAAAAAAUGGAGACAAUUGUUCUAAGCUGUAUUCAAAUACUGGCAAGAAACACGGAGGUCUUUGGUGGACUUACCUUCUGAGUCUUUUUUUCAAAACUGGCAUAGAAAUUACUUUUUUAUACAUCUUGCAUAAGAUGUGGGACAGCUUUGACAUGCCUCGGCUUGUGAAGUGUACUAAUGUUGAACCCUGCCCCAACAUCGUGGAUUGUUACAUCGCCAGACCAACCGAGAAGAAAGUUUUCACCUACUUCAUGGUAGCUGCUUCUGCAAUCUGCAUUGUCCUCAGCAUUUGUGAAAUAUUUUACCUGCUCUUUAAAAGGAUUUUCAACUGUGCUAACAAGUACAAAAAGUCCAGCGAUCACUCAGUAACCUACAGCAAAGCUUCUACUUGCCAGUGCCAUAUCCACUUAGAAAGCUCAGAGAAGAAGCCACUUAAUAAGACAGUUGAAUCAUUAAGAGCUUCAGCACCAAAUUUAACAUCUUUGUAA